CAGAUGACAAUAUAAUAAAAACAAAGUGCAGAGUUCUACCCGUGAAGAAAAAUAAAUAAGAAAAAUAUACCAAAAUGCGUGAAACCAAAAUGAGUACGCAUUUAUCUGGUGGUCGACUAAACGUUGCUUUAGUCCAAGAACGGAUGCGUAAUGAAUUACUGAAUCUAUUAGAGCCUUACAAGGGUCCAAAAGUAACAAUAUGGGAUGAAUGGUUAGCUGGUCCCGUGCUGUUAGUUGCCCAAUACUCCCUGCUAAAGGACCAUGGAGUCACAGAAAUGUUUCCCCUGAAACCCGGCAAUCUGCCAAACAUCUCAGUGAAACACAUAGUGUUCAUAACAAGACCUAAGCUACAUCUAAUGGACUUAGUAGCUAACUAUAUACAAUCACUUAGAUCAAAACAGACCACACCGCUGGAGUUCCACCUGUUCUUUGUGCCGCGAAAAAGUGAACUCUGUAAGAAGCACCUGACCAACCUUGGAGUGGUCUCCAACCUGACCAUCCACGAGUUCAAGUGUGACAUCUUCCCAUUUGAGAGUGAUGUUAUGUCACUUGAACUUCAGAAUGACUUUCGAGAGAACUAUCUAGAGGGCGACCCGACUUGCGUGUAUAACGCUGCGCAGGCGCUGCGCACCAUACAACAGAUGUACGGGAUCAUACCAAGAGUUUUCGGGAAAGGAGUCGCUGCUAAACAGGUAUGGGACCUCCUCUGUCGGCUGAACAAGGAGGAGCAAGGGCUCGGUCCUCGCGGCGCGGCGACCUCCUGCAUCGACCAGCUUCUGCUACUCGACCGGGCGGUAGACUUCACCAGCGUGAUGGCCACCCAACUCACCUAUGAAGGACUUAUUGAUGAAAUCUACGGUAUAAAGAGUUCGACAGCGACAUUCCCGGGACAUAAGUUUGUGAGUCCGGACGAUGCGAACCCAGAGGCGACCGCCCGGGAAAAGAAACGUAUCGUACUCAACUCUAGCGAGGAACUCUUUGCUGAGAUCAGAGAUUGCAGCUUUACUUCUGUUGGAGCAGCACUAUCAAAGAAAGCCCGAGUAAUAAAGACACAAUUGGACGAGCGGCACAAGGAUAAAUCAGUUCAGGAAAUCAAGCAGUUCGUUUCCCGACUGCCGCAGAUGUUGGCCAACAAACAAUCCCUGGCCACGCAUACUGGCAUCGCCGAGUAUAUUAAAGAGACAACAGACACAUUUGAGUUCCACGACAUGGUGCAGUGUGAAGAAGACUUCCUGAACUGCGUGGACAACGAGAAGACGUGCCCUUACAUCGAAGACCUUAUUGCACAGAAGGAACCCCUCACCAAGGUGCUUCGUCUUAUCUGCUUGCAAUGUGUAACUGGAUCAGGAUUAAAGCCGAAAGUGCUGGAAUACUACAAACGCGAGCUGGUCCAAGUGUACGGGCUCAACACUUGGCUAACUCUCUGUAACCUGGAGAAAUGUGGCUUACUGCGACCUCAACAGGGAACCAGGCAAUAUGCGGUGUUGCGGAAGACGCUUCACCUUACAAUGGAUGAAAAUGAGAUGAACGCCAAAGAGAAGAGCUACCUCUGCAACAAAUACACUCCGCUCACAGUACGCCUCAGCGAACACAUCGCCAAGAACAAAGGCUGGACAGGUAUACAGGAUGUACUGGGACUUCUGCCAGGACCGACAGUAGAUGAGCUACAGACGUUACAGCCGCGCAUGGCGCGUCGUAACUCCAUAUCGAGCGAAAACUCUUCAUCGAUGGAAAACCCUCGUGUAAUCCUCGUCUUCUUCAUCGGUGGUUGCACCUACCAGGAGAUAUCGGCACUCAGGACCAUCAGCCAGCAAGAAGACUCCAACGUAGAGUUUGUCAUACUAACCACAAAGUUAAUAAAUGGAACUACUUUCAUAGAAUCCCUAAUGGAAAAUGAAUCUACCAAGUAAAUCAAAG